CCACCACCCCCCCCCUCCCCCUCCUCCCCACCACCACCAUCCUCCUCCUCACCACCACCACCCUCA